AAAAAAAAAACCUGCAUGUAUAAGCCUACACAACUAAACGAGGAAGUAUAGGGGUCUACAUUUUUAACCUGACAUAUAUAUUAUUAAUAUUCCGCACCCAGAAUCUCAGCACCGGCCGGUGUCCCUUGGUGCCUAUCAGACAAAACUCGCCAUCCAGAAACAACUUACCGUUCUAGACAAUCACGAAGCCAACCCUCUAGCGACGCUAAGCACGAUGGAGAACCCUCAAUUCUUCAAGAUCACCCUUGAUGCCGAUAAAGGCACUGCACUGAUCCAAUUUGACCGCCCAAAGAAGAGAAAUGCCUUUUCACAGGCUAUGCUUACUGAGUUGGUUGCGCUCCUGGGCGCUCUUGACGCCCUGGAAACCGUUCGUGCAGUCGUUCUUACUGGUGGUCCCGAUGGGCAUUUUUGUGCCGGGAUGGAUCUCAAUGAGCUGGUGAAAAUAUCUACAGCUGACGCCUACAAAAUCUCGUUUCUCAAAGACCUGACGGACGCAUUUGCCAAUUUUUCAAAGCCAAUCAUCGCUGCCGUUGUCGGGUUUGCGCUGGGGGGCGGCUUUGAGAUUGCUCUCGCUUGCGAUAUUAUCUAUGCCGCUGAAGAUGCCAUGCUUGGUCUACCGGAGGUCAAGAUCGGAACCAUCCCUGGCGCCGGUGGCACGCAACGACUAGCUCAAGCGCUAGGAAAGCAUAAGGCCAUGGAGUUCAUCCUCACUGGCGACCCGGCCAGCGGGUCUGAGUUCGAGCGACUUGGUGUUAUCAACAAGGUCUUUCAACAGCCGGAAGUAGUUCCUGCAGCAAUCAGGCUCGCGGAGAGGAUUGCCGGCCUGUCAGGUCCCGUCAUCAAGACUGCAAAGCAGGCAGUCCUUACGAUUGAAAAUAGCAGUUUGGAUGCCGGGAUGACUCAUGAAAAGUCACUGUAUUAUUCUACAUUCAGCCUCGGCGACUUCCAAGAGGGCUUAACCGCAUUCCUGCAGAAGAGACGCCCAGAGUUCAAGCAUGUGUAAUUGCAAGGCGAAGUAACCUUGGUAGAGGCUAUAUUCGGGUCUGCUAUGGAAGUAGAGAUUGUAUGUCGACGGUUAUUCAUUGUUAGGUAGUAGCUAUUGUGUUGAGACUAUUGUGUGUAUUUCUCCAAGGGGUUAGUUCCUAUUAGUUAAGCUAUCGUGCUGUUACAUUCUGGAGGGCUUUUACGCUCAGACCGCCGAUCGUCACCUUUGACUCUUUAGCGCUUUCUAUGAGAGUUGGCCGAAGAUGACCCACAAUACCUUUGCCAACC